AUUGUCAAAUCCAUUACACCAUUUUUUUUUUAUUUAAAUAAAAAAAUUAUGCUUAUUUGAUCACAUAACAUUCUUAAUUCCCAGAUUGGGGAAAUAUUUGAUUAUUUCUUAAUUAAACUCUUUGAUAUUUAUACAAAACAAACCCUCAAGGUCGUAUCUAGUCAAGAUGGAGGACGAGAUGAUUUCGCUAUGUAACAUUAUGCCAGUGGAGCUUGCAAUCAAAAGGGAGAUGGAGUAUCGUAAGAAGAUGGAAGCAUUAAAUAGCCGAAAUCAAAAUGAGUUGGCACCUCUCAUGCUCGCACAGGUGCCGGUUUCUGAAAGCCAGACACUGGUUGACCGAAAGCGAAAAGUAGAACCUUGCAAUGCACAAUGUUCUCGGAGGUUACUAUCUUCUCCAAGGUUCGUUUGUGUGUUGUGCCGUAUUGCCUUUGCUAAUGUGUUCCAUUUAAAGAGGCAUGGUGAAACUUCUGCACAUAGAACUGCAGUUGGCCUGUUGAAGAAUAGGGGUGUAAAUGUAAGUAAUCCGUUCUUAUGUGAGCUUUGUGAUAUUCUAUGUUCUUCUGGCCAAGUAAUGGAGUUUCAUGUUGCCGGGCUAAAGCAUGCUGCAUAUUUUCAAGAGUUUGAAGCUGCAAAAAGGGCUAGAAUUCAACUAAAUCUGGCUUCAAGUUCCAUCUGGCUCCAAUGAGCAGUUAAGCUGUGUUGUUUUUGAGAACUGGGUGCCCAUUUUGCCUGUUGGAAUGGUGAUUUGGAUACACCAUCAUGCUAAUGACUUGUAAUAUAUGUAAAAGCUGUAUCUUAUUAUGUGUUUGUCCAGGUCUUUUGUAAUGACUUGUUACUUGGAAAAAUGAUUGCUUUUCCCUUUUUGUUAAACCCGAUCUGGGAAUGUAAAACGUUCAUCUUUGGUCAACAUCUUUUUACAUCA